AUGUCGCUUUAAUCAACCGAUUCACAAUCUUUGUCAAUUUUGCCAUGGGCGGAAGCGAAAGAAAAUCCAAGGAGAAGAGGAAGAACAGAAGAGCGGCUUCGUCUUCUGAAGACGAGAAGAGGAGCAAGAGACCAAGAGCUGCAGAAGAUGAGGAAAGGGAAAGCAGAAGGAGAGAUAAGAGAGAGAAGCGGAAGGAGAAGAAAUCUCACAAGCACUCUAAGCGCGAUUCAGAGAAGAAGUCGAAGGAUAUUCUCAAAGGCAAGCAUCACAGGGACGAUCACCCUUUACCCAUCUUAUUUCUUGUGUGGGGGAGGGGUUGUGUGGCGGCACUGGAGCAGCAUUAUCCACUGAAAUUAAUCUACGGUUUCUUGAUUGAACCAAUAGGAGAAACAUCUUGGCUUCAUCCAUAUUUGUUAGUUGUUUUGUCGCUUCUACUAAACUUCCUGCUUCUAUAAAUUUCUUUCCUGCCUCCUGCCUCAUCAGAUUGUUGUGAACCUUGUGAUAAACUACAUGAAUUCAGCCAUUAUACUGGCAUGAUGUUUUAUUAGGAAGUUUGAAACAUUCUAGGCCUAUCAGUUAUUGCAAAAAUUCAACUUUGCAUCAGUGUUUCCCACUUCAGGCUUGAUUGUUUAGUUACUUCUACAGAACUCCUUGCAAGAUCUGUUCAGAGGAAGAUUUGUGUGACUGUAUAUAAUAUACAUUUACAUAUACUUUCUUUUCAAGGAAUUAAAUGCAAUGCCCUCGUUUGUCUUAGUUUUUUUUUGGAGAGCAUUCUAUGUCUACUUCUUAUUGCUGGGCUGUCAUGUGACCCUUCUGGUUCUCUGGCCUUAACACCACUUUUGUUGA